GAGGGAAAAGAGUCCCCGCAUCCAAUUUUCCCUUUUUUCCCCUCCAGCACGGCCCCCCACUCCGCCCGGAGCACCCCCAGCAGCUCCCCUUCCCUUCGGAAGCGGCUGCUGCUGUUGCCCCCAAAUCGGUCCCCACCUGCGGAGCAGGACACCGGAGCCAUGGUGGAGAAGGGGUCCGAAAAGGGCUCGGACAGCUCCUCCGAGAAGGGCGGAGGGGCGAGCACUCCUGGGACCCAGUCACUGAGCAGCAGAAACUUCAUCAGAAAUAGCAAGAAAAUGCAGAGCUGGUACAGUAUGUUGAGUCCCACCUACAAACAGCGAAAUGAAGACUUCAGGAAGCUCUUCAGCAAACUUCCUGAGGCUGAGCGGCUCAUCGUAGAUUACUCCUGCGCCCUGCAGAGGGACAUCCUGCUCCAAGGCCGCCUCUACCUCUCUGAAAAUUGGAUCUGUUUCUAUAGCAAUAUCUUCCGUUGGGAGACCACGAUCUCAAUCCAGCUGAAGGAAGUGACAUGUUUGAAGAAGGAGAAAACAGCCAAACUGAUCCCCAAUGCCAUUCAGAUCUGCACUGAGAGCGAGAAACAUUUCUUCACCUCCUUUGGGGCCCGGGACCGCUGCUUCCUGCUCAUCUUCCGCCUUUGGCAGAAUGCCCUGCUGGACAAGACGCUGUCCCCCCGGGAGCUGUGGCACCUGGUCCAUCAGUGCUACGGGUCCGAGCUCGGCCUCACCAGUGAGGAUGAGGACUACGUGUGCCCCUUGCAGCAGCUGAACGGUUUGGGGGGCCACAAGGAGGUGGGAGAUGUGAUUGCCUUGAGUGACAUGACCCUGCCCCGUCGGUCUCCAGACCUCAGCCGAGAGCCCAGCCCUACGGCCACUCGGAGGGCCCAGCUCACCCCCUGCCCGUCCCAGGCCAGCAGCGAGGGGGACAACGCGGGAGAGGAGGAGAAAGAAGCCCAGCCCGACAGCCAACCGGUGACCCCAGUGACUGAGCCCCCUCCAAGCGAGAUGCCCCCCGAGAGUCCAGCCGCCCUGGCCUCCUUGGAUCUGCUGCCCAGUGAGGAGAUGCUGACAGACACGAGCAACUCCUCCUCCUCAGCCACGGAGGAAGCGGACCUGACCUCCUUCCUCCCGGACCUCUCUGGCCGCCUGCUCAUCAACUGUGUGUUCCACAUGGGGGCUGACCGCCUGCAGCAGAUGCUCUUCUCCGAUUCCCCCUUCCUGCAGGGCUUUCUCCAGCAGCGAAAAUUCACUGAUGUGACAUUUACUCCAUGGAGUGGGGAGAGCAAAUGUCACCAGAGCCGAGUCCUGUCUUACACCAUCCCCAUCAGCAACCCCCUCGGGCCCAAGAGUGCAGCCGUGGUGGAGACCCAGACCCUGUUCCGACGGAGUCCCCAGGGUGGGGGCUGCGUGGUGGAUUCUGAGGUCCUCACUCAGGGCAUUCCGUACCAAGACUAUUUCUACACGGCUCAUCGGUACUGCAUCCUAAGCCUGGCCAGAAACAAGAGCCGCCUCCGUGUGUCCUCAGAGAUCCGUUAUCGGAAGCAGCCUUGGAGCCUGGUGAAGUCCCUCAUUGAGAAGAACUCCUGGAGUGGCAUUGAAGAUUACUUUCACCACUUGGAGAGAGAACUCUCCAAAGCAGAGAAACUGCCCCUAGAAGAGGGUGGGAAGGAGACCCGGGGGCUGCUGUCGGGCCUCAGACGGCGCAAAAGACCUCUGAGCUGGAGGAAUCACGGAGAGGCUCCCACCCAUGCUGAUCCGGAAACUUGCAGUAGGGGUGGCCUGCACCCUUCAGGCUCCAUUACUUCUCGACUCUCAGAACCAUCCCUGGACCAGAGCGCCGGAUCAGGCAUUCCUGGAAUCCUCCUCAUUAUCAGUGUUGU